CUUCUAACGCUGUUUUCCUUUAUAAUUAGUCCUCCGGGACCUCGAGUUACGGGUUUUUACUCGACGCGUACGUAAAUCGUUUUGAGGCGCCUGGGUGUCGCAGGGUCAAACAGAUUGACAGCAGUCUACGAAGCAGAAGUGCCGACUCGGCGCCUGCCGACUUUCUAGGAUAAAACGCGUUUGAAAACCGAGCUCUCAGGCAGCUCAGUAGCCAAACACGCUCCCCUAGCCGUAAGCGCCGUAAACCGCAGCACUCAUGCACCGCAGUUUAGUCGUGGGCGUCCUCCUUGGGGCGGACGCGCUGCGGCCGGCGCCGCGCCGCCGCGUCGCGCCGCGGCCGCAGAGCGUCGCGACGGCCGACGCGCAGGACGAAAUCAUGGCGACGAUCGGCGCCGCCUGGGAGACGGCGCCGAACACGCGGGACUUCGACGUCACGCUGGAGCACCGGGCGCCGCCGGUGCUCAAAAUACAAAACUUCUUGAGCGACGCGGAGUGCGCCCAAAUCAUCGAGGCGGCCCGCGGCGACGACGUCGAGGUCUGCGAGGAGUACCUGAACCACCGCGUGAACGAGGACGGCGCCGUCGCUACGUCAGGCUACUCGGAAGAGCAGGCCCAGGAGGCCCUCGAGUGGUCGGACGGGGCGACGUCCGGCCUGCGCGUGCGGAUGCCCUCCGACAUCCUGGACCUCGUCGCGCCGAAGGCGUUGAGUUUGUUGGGCCUGAGCCACCGGAACUACCGCUUCAAGGAGGAGCUGUACUACCGCCCGGACCGCGCCACGGUCAUCGUGCGGGACGCGACGGUCGUGCGGUACCGCGAGGGCGAGGGCGUCGCGCCGCACGUCGACGGCAAGGACGCGACGCUCCUCGUGUACCUGAACACGUGCCGCGGCGGCGGCCACACGGUCUUCCCCGAGGACGGCCUCGCGUUCCCGCCGCGACAGGGCGGCGCGCUGCUCUACGACUCGCGGCUCGACCUGCUGCACUACGCGGCGCCCGUGCACGCGGGCCACGAGAAGUGGAUCCUCCAGCUGCUCAUCGACCACCGCCUGCCGCCGGGCCACGAGCACAUGCCGCUCGUCGACUGGGACACGGGGGCGAUCAUUCCUGGGUAAGCGACUCGAUACAGAA